AUGGCGCUGGUUUUGAACAAAGAAAAAUUUUUAAAUAAAGAAAUAUGCUGUUCCAAGUCUGUUUUCAACCCCUUCUCUCUCGUUCUUUCAGACGCAGCAGUUCUUCAAGGCGCUUUCCUCCAGGCAGAUAAGUCGUGCCACCCCUCGUCCCUGUCCUCCAUACAGAAAGCUGACUGGAGCCAGGUGGGACGUCCAGUCCUGCAGGCCGUCCGAGAAAUCUGUGGGCAGGAGGACACGGGCCUCCAGGCCAACCCGGAGGCUUCGACUUGGAGGAAGAAGAUUGUUUGUACCGUGUGGUUGAAGCUGUUGGGCACCGAGGUCGAGGAGGACGUCGAAGAGGCCUGGAGGGAGAAUCCUUUCUUCUGCCUGACCAACAGCCUCCCGGAGGUCAACACCGUCGUGCUGAUGGAGCUGAUGAAGUCCACGGGCGCGGCGCAGAUUUUUGCCAGCUGCCUCUUAAAGCUACCCGUGCCUCAGAUCUGUGCCGAACUGGACAGGUUGACCGGACACAUGAUGUGCGAUCCCACAGGGGAGGAUGACCUGCGUUUCUUCCUGGAAGUGUGGUGGGAGCUGUGGAAAGGCCAACACGAGCACGACGGGAAAGAAGAAGAAGAAGAAAAAGAAAGCAUGGAGAUGCUGUUUGCCAAGCAGUUUAAUCGCCUCGCCUCCAAACCGUCCGGUUUUCCCGCUCGGGCCUCUAAGAGGUUAAAACUGGACGCGGCGGAUUCGGCGGCGUCGCCGGAAAAUCCCGACGUUCUCCGCCGUCUCCUUUGCGCGCUUCACGCCGCGGCGUCUCGCUUUUCCUCGGCAGACCUCUGCUCCCGGGCCCUCUCCGUUUCCCUCGAUGCGUGUUACACGUCUUUCCUAAUCAACAAGGAAGUUGUAGUUCCGGCCGAAGAGAGGCUGCGCGGCCUGUGCGAACUCAUCGGAGAGGACGACGUGAUAAGCCCCGACCUUAUCCGAAAGCUUCAGAGAGACCUCCGCGCGUCCAGCUCCCCGUCGCGGUUCAAACCCGAGGCCGUAACGCGGGGCCAGGCCCUGGAAACGGUUUCGGAACUUGCGCGGGCCUGGCGGGAUAAAGGCCUCCUGGGGGCCGAAGGCGGCCCGGCGCCGGCCGCCCCGCGGCUUCGGCAGAGCGCCCGGAGGGUCCUGGCGGCUCUGGACGAUGACCGGGAGGGGGACCCCCUCUGGGACCUACUGAAGUCCCUGGCCGCCCCCUCCCCGGAGGUCAGCCCGGAGACCCAGCUGCAGGUGGUCAGCACCGUCAUCGCCCACCGCCUGGACGACCAGGAGGACUUCGCCGCGCUGUUCGCCAGCGAGGCGUCCUGGGCGCAUUUUGACCGGGCCUGGCUGGACUGCCUGGAGAAGAACCCGGCCCCCUUCCGGCGCCGCGGCCCCCUCAUGGGCCUGGCCUCCUCGCUGGUGGACCGGCUGCACACGGAGGGCUGCGACCUCAGCCGCUGCAGGAAGCUGAUGAAGGCCCUGGCCGACAUCUUCUCGGCGCUCCCGUCGGGAGACAUGAACGAAGCGCUGACCGCCAUGCUGAGGCUGUCCAGCCGGGGGUUCUUCGGGGAGCCCGCCCCCGCCGCGGCGGCCGUGGGAUUCGAACAGGAGCUCAACAUGGCCUUCAACUGCAUCAUCCGAGGAGGGGCGGCAUCGGACUCACCGUCGCAGGGCAACCUGAGCACGGCGGUCACUCUAGUGGCCAGAAUGGCCUUCCAGAACCCGGAGGCGACCCUGAGGCACUGCUGCCACUCCGCCGUCUUCAACAAGGGGGGGUUCUCCCUGAUCGCAAAGAUCCUCCAGCAGCUGCCUGGACUCCGGCCCCCCGAGGAUGAGACGGAGGAGGGGGGCAGCCUGCUCUGCAGGUGCCUACGGGACACAGUCGGGGCCAAAUCCCUGUCGGCCGGCGACAGAGACCAGUUCCUCCGCUUCCUGGGUCUGCUGAUGACCCCCCAUCCGAUGAAAGAGGGAGAGGAGGAGCAACAGAGCUGUCUCACGCCUCGGGAGGUGGUGGACACCUUUGUUCUGCCCAAUCUCUCCGACGUCGGUUCCCACAGCUCUGAUCUGGAGCUGAGCCUGCAGCUUCUUCACGCCGCUCUGUCCGUGGACGUCCAGACACCGGCGCUUUCCCCUCACUGGGUGAUGGACUGCUCUCCCUUCCCCCUCCUCUUCGUCCUGGCUCAGCUCUACGACCAGACCCUGAGAUAUUGGCAGCAGAAACCUGACGGCACCAUCCUCCUGCGCUCCAUGGACACCAAGGAGCUCCUGGUUUCGGUUCUGGGCGCGCUGGGGGGGCUGGUGGGCGCGGAGGUGUCGGCGGCCCCCGGCACCUGGUCCAGGCCUCUGUCCUGGCUCUACAGUAAGGCCGAGCCGUUGGACUGGACGGCGCGUUUCCACCUAAAGCCGGUGUGGGGGCAGCACUUCAAGAACGAGGCGCCGGCGUCCCUGCUGACGGUGUGCGAGCUCCCCGAGCAGGAGUGGUCGUGCGUGGAGCUGCCUCAGUACGGCCAGGGCACGGGCCUCCUGGCCUGGAUGGAGUGCUGCGCUCUGUCCGACCCCCUGCAGUCCACCAUGCUGUCCGGCCUCUCGCUGGACCAGCGCAACACGCACCACGUGGGCAUGUUCAGCAAGGGGGCGCUGGUGGCGCUGACCCAGAGCCUGCCCUGGUGCUGCGUGUCCCAGUGGGCCCGGCUCCUGCGGGCCCUCAGGGAGCUGAUCGCCUCCGGCCGCCUGGACGUCCCCUUCUCCCUGGAGUACGUGGACUUCCUGCCCCUGCUGGACCUGCGGGGGUUCUCCUGCGAGCUCCGGCUGUCGGUGCUGCUGCUGCGGGUCUUCCAGCUGCUGUGCGGCUCCAGCUGCUCCCAUUGGCUGUCGGCCGAGGGCUGGGCCCACGCCGGCCGGCUGUACGCCCACGCCGCCCGGGAGCUGGUCGGCUCCGUGAAGGCCAAGCUGCCCCUCCCGGCUCCGGGGUCCAGAAAGCACAACCCCGAUCCCACCGCGGCUCCUAGAAUUCCCAAACCCCCUCUGGAAGAUGCGGGGAACUCACCCGAGAAAUCCCAAGAGUCGCGUUUGGAGGAGAUGGAGGCAGCUCCCGGCCAGGAAGUUCUCUUUGUCCUCAGUCAGCUCUUCUGCCACGUCCAGCACGUCCAGGUGAUGAUGCCGGGAGGCCAAUGCGAGCCCCUCUUCCUGUGCAGCCUGGAGAUCCUCAGCCACUACGAGGCCGUCAUGGCCGCCUUCCCGGACAGCUGCAGCCACCUGGAGAGCGACAACACCCGCCACUUCUUCUCCACCAUCACAGACAACCUGAGCGACCAAAAGAUGAAGGCGGCGCUGCAGCAGAAGAUCGCUCAGCUGGUGUCCUCGGCAGCCUGA